UGGCUGAAGACCUUUUACACACGCAGCAAGUGGACAUUUAAACUCUAGGGCUGUGUGAGUGUGUGAGUGUUAGUGUGUGUGAUCGUGCAUCCAGAAGCAACUUUAUCUAAGUAUUAAUGCGAGUUUGAAAACUUUUUUCAUUUGUUUCCACAGAAUUUAAUGAUCUUGUGAGACGUUUAAAAACUUUUUUUUUUUUUGAAAACCCGUGAACUCUUUACAGACUUUUCUACACUUGUCUUUAAAACUUGGAGAAGAUGGCGGAAGGUGAUUUCUACCCCCUGGGCAGCAGGCAGCGGAUUGCGCGUGACCCGUUCUCCACGCACUUCAUGGAUCCGGACUUCUCCGUGCCCAUGUCCGCGUUCCCGGAGGAUCUGUCUCUGGACUGGCCUGGCUGGGCGCGUCCCCGCCUGAGCGCGCGCCUCGGCUCGCCGUGGACGGGCUCGUUGCGCACCUCGUUCCCGCGCACCUCCAUGAGCGCGCAGUCCCCGCGAGGCGCGCCGCCGGUGGACCCGGACGAGCCGUGGAAGGUGUGCGUGAACGUGCACAGCUACAGACCGGAAGAGCUCAGUGUCAAAACCAAGGACGGUUUCGUAGAAGUUUCAGGGAAACAUGAAGAGAAACAGGAUGAGGGAGGAAUCGUGACGAAGAACUUCACUAAGAAAAUUCAGAUCCCAGUGGAUGUGGACCCAGUCACAGUGUUUGCGUCUCUUUCUCCUGAGGGAGUGCUGAUCAUCGAGGCGAGACAGACUCCUCCAUAUUACUUGUACAGUAACGAGGCUCUGGCCGAGCCCAUGGAAGAACAAACCAAACCACAGGAACCUACCACAGCUUAAAAAUCCACUUCCUCCGAGCUGGUGGGGGUGGGGAUGUGAUUUUGUACGAAAUUCUUACUGCAAUUUCCAACUUGAAGUGUUGUUUAAUGUAAAUGUAUGGCAAAAACUUUCUGAAAACCAAAUAUUAGUGCCUAAGACAAGCUAAAUAUCACCAAAAAGUUAUGCUAAUUUUGGGUGUAAGGGAUUGAAAAGACGGGAAAGGAGAUUGUUUGGAAUAAAUGAUGGCGUAGCGAGUGUGUGGUGCAGUUAAAUGACGUCGCGUUGCUCCUACUUGUUGCUAAGUUACCUAGCUAGCAGUACCCUCCUGUGCUCCUGUGCUAGCGUCAAUCACAUGGCUAAGUUAGCUGAACAAAUAACACAAGCUUGUUACCUCAGCUUUUUCCUGCUGUUGGCUAAAAAAAGAUGAGGGUUUAAUCUAAAUUUGUGGCUAAGACAGCCUGAAAACCAAACAUUUGGAAACAAAAAGCUAAACAUCAUCAAAACAUGCUAAUCUGGGGUGAAAGGGAUUGUUUGGAAGAAAUGAUGGCAUAGUGAGUUUGUUUUUCAGUGUAUCCUUUACCAUGGAGUUAAAUAACACCUUGCCCUGUCCUACCUUGUUACUAAAUUAGCUAGCUUGCAAGAGCCUCCUGUGCUAGCCUCAUAUAGUUGGCUAAGUUAGCAUUCUCAGUCGACAUAUAAUCUUGGCACAUUACCUCAGUUUUUUCUGCUAUUGGCUAAUGAACAACUUACCAAAGGGAAGGUUUUAUUUUCAUUUUAGAUUUGUGGCUGAGACAUGAUGGAAACCAAACAUUUGGAAACAAAGGCUAAAUAUCACCAACACACAGCAGGUUAUCGCUAGCUAAGUAAAUUAGCAAUAUAACAAUGAACUGAAAGAACUUAGCAAUAAUGGAUUAGCCAUAGCAUUUCUGUUCAUCAAAAUCUGAAGUGAAAAGAGAAAAGGAAGUAAAAAUAGGUAACAUAGUUGAUGAAUAUUUUCUUAUUCGGUACAAACGACAGUUAACAUGGACAUUUUUUAUCAUUUUCAGCUUUAGUUAGCAAAGUUAUCAGGCUUGCAGUAACUUCCUCUGCUAACUUCAAGUGAAUAUAAUAUCAGUUGGUGCUUGUUGUUACCUUGGUUUUUUCCUUUUCUUUGGCUCAUGAACAAUUUAACAGCCUGUGGCAUGGCUUAAAAAAAAAAAAAAAGCAGGAAGCUGCUAGCGUUAAAGCUAAAGGUGAUGAUUUUACAGGAGUUUUCUUCAUUCUGGUGUCCUUGAGAGAUAGUUUUAUACAAAGUACCAUGGCAAGAACAUUGUGCACAGGAGCGGGUUGGAAACAGGUCAUACAGUGUAAGGUUGAAAGUAAAUUCUGUAGAAAUGAAUAAACUAUAAGUAAAAUUAUAUAAUAUAUAAUAAGUAAAAUUCAUUUAGCCAAAUCUACAUGUGGUAUAUAGAGGAGGAUCAGCAAAGUGCGAUUCCAGGUAUAAAUGUACUUUACACCCAACAUAGUGUGUGUGUGUGUGUGUGUGUGUGUGUGUGUGUGUGUGAGAGAGAGAGAGAGUUCUGUUUGAGUGCUAUAUUUUAUGAAGGCCAGCUCUUGUGAGCACUUGUUUUUGUUGUUUUGGUAAAUUCAGUUUUCUCCUGGAGAUGCAGUGUGUUUUGUAACUAAACAUAUUAACAAUUGUUAACCCUUUUAAUUUAUCCGCAAUUGAUUUAUCUUUAGUGGAGUCAGUAUUUUAUCAUUUAGUGUUUUUUUUUUCUGAUACUUCAUUGGGUGUAAAUAUACUGUUUGUAACUUGUACUGAGAAAUUCUAUACAAUAAAAUGUCUUUCAAAAAGGG